AAUCAAACCAAAAUACACACUCCCCUCCCCCACAAUCCGCCGCCGCCGGCCGAUCCCCCGGCGCCGCCGCCGUUGUCGUCGGGGAUGACGCCGGCGGUAGCAGCAGCACCUCCGCCGCGCCAGAACCCUACGGGCCCGCAGCAGCAGCACCACCACCACCCGGCGCCCCCCGUCGCCGCCGCCGCCGCCAACAGCAGCAUGGGCAACCCCCACCUGGGGCUCGGCGGCCUCGCCCCCGAUCGCCCGGCCGCGCCGCCUCCCCCUCCUUCCCGGCGCGCGCCGCGGCUGGCCAAGCGGCGCCACGCGGCCGCCUCCUCCCGCUCCCGCCACCCGCCGCCGGCGUCUCCCGCUGCGGCGGCGCCGUGGAACCCGUUCGGCGGCGGCGGCGGCGGUACGGACGGCGCGGGGCGUGAUGGGAACGGGGGGGUAGGGGUCGGCGGUGGCGGUGGCUUCGGAACCGGGGAGUCUCAGAACGAUGGGUUUGUGUUUGGCGGUGCCGCUCCUCCUGCCACGACUCGGCAGCCUCAGCAGCCUCCGGCGGCGGCAUCCAACGAGGCCCCCUUCAUCUUCGGGAGCGUGAGGGACAGCUUGCCUCGGUUCGAGGAGGGAUGGUCGGCUUCGGCGAAGCUGCCUGAGCAAAUGGGAAAGCUGAACCUGCAGACCCCGGGUGAGCGUAGCGCCAAUGCCAGUAAGGACGGGAGCUCUGUUUUUGGAGUUGAUAUCCCUAGUUUGGUUUACAACAGUGAAGCGAAUGAUGUGCUCCCUGAGAAACUGACGCAGUUGAAUAUAGGCAGCAGAAUGCCGGUGCAGAGUGAUAACGGUGUGCCAAAAACAUUCGUGUUUGGAGGUAAUGGAGCCGCGACCUUUUCUGAUAAGAGCGCUCCUGUCGCUGCUGCAGAUUCUACCAAAGCAAAUGAUGUCCCAGAGAAGCCGACACAGUUCAGUAUAGGCAGCACAUCAAGUGAUCGUGUGGAUAGGACUAAUGAUGUUUCUUCUGGUGCUAAUACCAAUCCAUCUGUUACACUCAAUUGUACUGAUGACGCUGAUCUGCCUCCUGAGAAGAUAACACAGUUGAAUACAGGAAGUAGCGUUCCCUUUCAGCAGAAGCAAAGCAGAGACAGCAGUCAUCCAGCUGAUGCUUUUGUCUUUGGGAACGGCAGAACUAUGAACACCAUUAUUGGUGAGGCAACAAACAAUACUUCUAAUAAGGGCAGUUGUUUUUUCUCUGCUGCCAACAAUGAUGCUUCUAUUCCGCCAAACAGUGUCAAUAAUUUAAUUCCAGAGUGGUCAUCAUGUUUGAAUGUAGGAGGUGGAGUUACGAAGAGCAAACAAAGCGAUAGUUCUGGUUAUCCACCGGAUGCAUUUGUAUUUGGAAGUAAUGCUUCCACAAGUUCGCAAUAUUCAAAAAGAGCAAUGGAUCAUGGUAGCAAUUUUGUCAAUGGUGCAAAUUCAAACACUUUUACCUCGGUUCAUAGUAACAUGGAGAGUACACUUCCAGAGAAAAUGACAAAAUUGAACAUAGGCCAUGGAACUCCAUCCAGCAGCAAUAAAGAUGAAACUGCUAGCCAGCCACCAGAAGUAUCUGUUUUUGGAAGUAAUGCAACCACAACAUUUUCUUCUGCCCAGGCAUCAAGCAUGCAAUUCACAAGUAUCAAAACUAAUGUAUCCUUUGAACUAAAGGGUAGUGGAGGGAACUUUGCUAAUGAGGAUAUUGGAAAGUUUACACAUUCCAGAUCAAAUAAUGAUCAAGGUUAUGGGCCAAGUAAUUUUGUUUUCAGUAGCAGCAGCAAUGCAGUCCCUCCUUCUGAAGGAUCUGCAGAACAAGCGUUACAAGAUGAAAUCAAGAAAUUAAACAUCAACGGGGAAGGGACUUCAGUCGGAUAUACUAAAGUGAAUGAAUCUUCUACUCAAUUUGUGUUCAGAAGUAAAGCAGGAACCAAUCCAGAAUUUGGUGCUGUUCCCCAGGCCAAUGUUCAGGAGUCACCUGCAUUUACACAUUCAAAUCAUUCUUCCAGUUUUUCUGCUUCUGAAAACGCAGUGCCAUCUUUCAGUUUUAGAACUACAAAUCCAAGAAGUGAUACUAUUCCCGGUGAGUCUUGUGCACUCAGAGAGGAUACAUCUUGGUGUUCCAGAGAGAGCUUAUUUGGUAUUGACUAUAUAAAAUCAGCGUAUAGAGAUAAAAAGGAAGCACAUAAAAACACAAGGAAAAAUAAAAGGCCCACCAAGCUAAAGCAGCGUGCUCAACCACAUCACUUUGCUUCUCAAGAAACAUGCACCACUGGGCUGCCAGACACGGAUUUUGCAGGUGACUACUCGCCAAUGGAUUGCUCUCCUUAUCCAUCAACAGUUGAACAGGUAUCAAGAGAGUCACCAGCAACGUCUGAUCAGUCUGUUCAUAUACGUGACUAUGGUGUUCCAAAUCAGAACUCCAGUUGUGCUGAAGAUCUAGUUUCUGCAACUGAACACUUAGUUAUUGAUGCAGAUCCUCCAACUUGCAAAGAGGAAGGCAGAGUUCCUAAUGUAGACACAUAUGAGAACAGCUUUGCUAGCAGUUUUUCUAGUUUUGAUGAAGAAGUAAAUAUACCUAAUGCAUCACAACCUUCUUCCUCCAAUACAAAUGUUGCUGCUAAUCGUAAACCUAAAUCAGCCCCAGCAGAAGUUUGGGAUGAUGCUUAUGGGCAUAACGAUCAAGGGCAAGUCCAUGAAGAGAAAGGCUACACAACAAUGCACGAGACUGGUGAACAUGUCACUUUGCAAUCAAGCUCAGCAGAUUUUAACAGGCUGAACUUUACUUUCGGUGCAUCCCUGUCUCCCCAGAACUCAUUGCCAACACAAAGACGUAACACAAGAAGGAAGUUAAGAACUAAGGGUGGCCACCUAUGUAAGCCAUCAGCUACUCAGGCUUCUGUACAGCUAAGGUCACCACGAGACAUGAAUGCCAUGCAGUUUUCCCCUGAAAACAAUAAAACAAGGGAUCCAACAGAUGAGCAGUCAAUAAGUGACGCAUCAACUUCUGCAGCCUUGGAAACUUGUGAAACCUGGCGUACAAGUGGAAAUCAAGCCUAUGCAAAUGGUCACUUUGCUACAGCAGAGGAGUAUUAUACCCGUGGAAUAAAUUCUAUUUCUGGUCUUGGCUCUUCUGGAUGCUGCUCCCAUGCACUGAUGCUUUGCUACAGCAACCGUGCUGCUACAAAAAUGUCUCUUGGGAGAAUGAGAGAAGCUCUCCAGGAUUGUUUGAUUGCUACAUCAAUUGAUUCCACCUUUCUCAAGGCUAAAGUUAGAGCUGCAAAUUGCCAACUUGCACUUGGGGAUCUUGAAGAUGCAGCAACGACUUACACAACCUGUUUGAAGUCCAGUAAAACUUCUGGGUCUGACAUCAAAAUGUUCGCUGAGGCUUCUGAUGGUCUUGAAAGAGUCCAGAGAGUGGCAGAUUGGAUAUCAAAAUCCAAGGAACUUCUUAAGAAAAGAACAGUGCCGGAAGCGACACUGGCUUUAGAAUUGAUCUCCAGUGCAUUGCGCAUAAGUUCGCACUCAGAUAAACUAAUGGAGAUGAAAGCGGAGGCACUACUGACGCUACGGAAAUAUGAAGAUGUUAUUCAAUUAUGUCAGGAAACAGUUGUUUCAGCUGAAAAGAAUUCUAGUGCAUCUGAAACUACAGAAUGCUCAGGGAGGCUCUGGCGGACAUACCUCAUUUGCAAGACUUACUUCCUUUUAGGCAAACUUGAAGAUGCUCUUGAGUUGCUAAAUAAGCAUCAGCAAGUGAUUAAUGUCAAAGAGAGCGAUGGCAAAACAUCUCAAGAAUGUUUCUCAUCAUUGUCUACUACCAUACGGGAACUUCUUUCCCAUAAGGCUGCUGGGAAUGAAGCAUUUCAAGCUCGUCGAUACUCAGAAGCGGUAGAACAAUAUUCAGCAGCUUUGGCAUGCAAUGGUGAUUCACGGCCCUUUUCUGCUGUCUGUUUUUGCAAUCGUGCUGCUGCAUACCAAGCACUUGGUCAAGUAACUGAUGCUAUAGCAGAUUGUUCACUAGCCAUGGUUCUUGAUGCAACUUAUCCCAAGGCAAUUUCAAGGAGAGCCACCUUAUAUGAAAUGAUCAGGGAUUAUGGUCAAGCUGCCAAUGAUUUACGGAAGCUCAUCUCACUUCUUGAAAAGCAACCUAAUAAGUCUGGAUUGUCACCAAAAGCUUUGAACAAGCAUAGUGAUUUGAAGCAGGCACGGGCACGACUUUUGUCUGUAGAGGAUGAAGCAAAAAGAGAUACUCCCUUGAAUUUGUAUUUAAUCUUGGGAAUUGAACCAUCUUGCUCUCCAGCAGAUAUUAAGAAAGCGUACCGGAAGGCUGCACUGAGGCAUCAUCCAGAUAAGGCUGCACAACUGCUAGUAAGGAAUGAAAUGCCUGAUGAUGGAUUUUGGAGGGAUGUCGCCAAGGAGGUUUAUGCAGAUGCCGAUCAUUUAUUUAAAGCAAUUGGGGAGGCGUAUAACGUUCUUUCAGACUCUGACAAGCGCCAAGAAUAUGAUAUUGAAGAGAAUCUAAGAAAUGCUACAAAGAGAGUUUCCAGGGGGAGGAACAUGCACAGGUCACCUGAACAGCGCUAUACCAAACAAUAUGAUAGGGGUUUUAACCCUCGUCCAUGGCAGUCAAAUAGAUCUAGCGGAUCCCGGUCACGGUGGUCUGGAUAUGAUGAUGAUUACUGGUGAAUCUAUUCGUAGACGCUUGUGGCGAGAUCUUAAUGCGACAAGGAUCCAUUGCAUCAGUUACAUUUUGGAGCAAGGCCGCCUUGCACCAAGUCGCACAGCAUUGGUCCUCCUGGAGUGGUAGGUGCCAUUCCUGGAUUCCUGGUGCGCUAACUAUGCCGUCCUCAUCACACAAGGACGUGCCACAUGCCAGCUUUGACUGUCCAGCACAGUCCUCUUGGCCCUUUCUUCUGAAGAAUGGUCUGACUACAAGGAUUGGUUGAUUGGGAUGAUCAGUUUUGACACUUCGGAUCAUGUAGCUUGAGCAGCAGCUAAAGCAUGGUUUGGGACUGGGACAUCAACCUGUCUUUGCUUGACAUGAUGGUCUCGAGCCCGAACACUAACACCAGUAUCACAGGUUAACAUGAAGGAGAAAGAGUAGUUUUGCCCGGUGCAAUAUAUUCUUUGAAGAUAGUAGCACGAAAAAUGAUCAGCGAAGGGAUACAAAUUCGUUUUCGUAUUUGUUGAGGUUAAGGGGGUUUUUUUUUGGUGGUGGUGGUGGUUGAGUUCGACGAUUUGGUUGAUGUACCGUGACUGACAAUGGGGAAGAGAGAAAACAUGGUAUAUAAGAUUCAAA